AUGGAAACACCAGUGCACGUGUUAAGUUCGAUCAACUCAUCUGUUCUUUUGGAGAGGUUAAUAACAACCCUUGAAGAAAUUAAAGAAACUCAAAAGACUCUUUCUGCAAUGUUGCAGUCUAUUAUGCGACAAAUCAAUACACCUCAGGUGGAAAAAGAUAACGAAUUGCCUGUAGGCAUUGACCUUCCUAUUUCCAGUAUCAAAGAUAUUAAUGAUUUGGAGGAGCAGCUAAAAGAUCGAUCAAUAAAGAGAACAUUGACUUCAAUUGUGUCCAAUAUUGGUGGGAGCUCAUUGGAUGAUGCCGUUAAAAGAAUGAUGAAAUUCAUUCUAUCUAAUAAUCUUGGAAGACUGUGUAAUCUUUCUGGUCAGGCUGGAAAAGUAUGCUUUUCGAAACUGGAAAUAUUUGAUGUAGUCUGUGGUAUGUUAUGCUUUUCACAUAACAAUCAUUAUAUGUAUAAUUUAUAAAUUAUUUUUAUUUGAAUAUAUUUAAAAUUAGAUAUUUUUACAUAAACAUAAAUUAUAAUAAUUUUUACAAUUAUUUUUGUUUUUGUUU